AUUCAGGAAUCGGUCAACAGCCACCGACCUUCAUUUCGUCAAGCGCUACUUUAAAAUGACUGCUUUGACGGUGAAAUGGAACAUUAGAUCAAAUAAAUUGUUUUGCUAAAUAUAUCUAAAUUAGCGCGAUGAAGUUCGUGGUGGUUUUAGUUUCCGCUGGCUUUUUGGCUUUUCUUGGUGCGGUCAUCUGCAUUAUCGCUAGCGUGAAUUCACGAUCAUCGGCCGACGCGCCCCAGACGUUAUCAGACAACCACUCGCUCUCGCUGCUUGAGCCGCUCCCGGGAUCCAUAGCGCACGCCGGCCCACUGGGAGCUCUCCAUGGUGCUGAAUCCUACGAAGGCGGCGGUUUGGACAUCGGCUUGGAGAUACCGUCGCUCAACGAGCUCAGGACCGGCGAUGUAACAGGCCCUAGCCAUUUCACCCUCAACCGACUCAUCUGCACCCCUUUUCCUAUUGGGGAUUGCAAAUCGAGGGGUCUGAGACAAGCCGAAGACCUGUUCGCUGACGAAGAUGACUGGACCCUCCGCACGACCGCUGAGGAGCUGCGGCAGAUUGUCACGCAGCAGAACGAUCAGAUCUUCAUGGACCAGAGGACCAUCACGGAGCUCACCGGGAAGCUCACGGAGUGCGAGAACGGCCUGGAGGAGGGGAGUCUCAGUGAGCGGAGUAUGGGGGUCUGGGCGGGCAACCGACGCCAAAUGGCCGGGGAUGAUGUGAGCAGCUCGGUUGCGGUGCAGUUGCAGACCGCCCGUGCUGUGGAAGAACUGGAAAGAGCCAUUCUUCAACUGAAAGACCGCAUAGAGAAGUUGGAGAUGGAGAUUGGCCCUCCUGCGAUGAACCACACCGAGCAUGCUGUGAGCACAUUAGGGAGUGUGGUGGUGGCUGAGCCCGACAUGCCUGUGGAGGACCUGGAGGGAGAGCUUGAUAAGAAGAUUAGGCUGUUGGAGAAGGAGAGGAAGAACCUUCAGAAAGAGACCCAGAACCACCAUCAGCACAUCGACCAGGGAAUCAUCACCUUGCAAGAGCGGAUUGCAGAGCUGGAACAGAGUCUUACAGAUUACAGUUACCCACAAGGGUAUAAAAUUUCCUUCACUGUGCGAACUAACUACAUGUAUGGGCUAGUCCGGCGGAAUAUUCCCGAGAUGUAUGCCUUCACUGCAUGUUUAUGGCUCAAGCCUGCUGAGAAUGGAAUUGGAACACCAUUUUCCUAUGCGGUGCCAGAACAACCAAAUGAAGUUGUUCUACUUCAGGGCAUUCAUAACCCUGCAGAACUACUCAUCAAUGAUAAGGUGGCACAGUUGCCCCUUUCUUUGCCCCAGGGCAUCUGGCAGCAUAUUUGUAUUAGCUGGACUCUACGGGAUGGGGUUUGGAAAGCAUAUCAGGGUGGCAAGCUGAGAGGACGGGGCGAAGGGCUUUCAGCAUGGCACCCAAUCAAAUCUGGGGGCAUGCUAGUGCUGGGACAAGAACAGGACACCCUUGGUGGGCGGUUUGAUGCAUCCCAGGCUCUGGUCGGGGAGCUGUCAUUAUUUAACCUGUGGGAUCGUGUUCUAUCGCCUACGGAGGUGGCCGCUCUUGCAGCUUGUGCAGAAUCUCCAAAGCUGGGAAACGUGGUGCCCUGGACAGACAGAGAUGUGGAUGUGUUUGGUGGGGCCGUCAAGGACCCUGUGGACCCCUGCGUUCACAGCUCCAAUCCCCGGCAGUGAGCGGGGUCAUGGGUCGAUACCAUUAUUUUUAGGGGCGGGGCAUAAAAUGAGACAAAAAGAGGCUUGAAAUACUAAAAGACAAAGAGAUAACAAUUGUAUCAUGGUUCCAGUAUUUGUAUUGAAUGUAUUUACCUUUGAACUGUGAUUCAGCAGGGAUCUAUAGAGCAGCUGCAGAAAGAUUUAAGGCCUGUAUUCGACUUGUGUUCUUUCACGCCCCUCUUCCCAACACAUUAUUGCACUGUGGUCCUUUCAGAUAUACUAUAGAGAACGUUUUUAAUAAGACGGCUGUAGAUCAUUCUCGCAGCAAUUGUCUAUGCGCUUUAUUCGUGUAAAGUGGAGUUUUGCUUUAUUGUUUGUUUUAUCUGUCCUUUGAGUCAUUUCUAUAGUCUAAACGCAACUUGAACUAUUCAACAUCUUAAAGUCAACAUGAAAUCAAAAUGAUCCCAUUAUAAUUAAUUUAAUUAUACAUUCCUGGUCUAAGAAGGAUUUAUCAGCACAUGAUUUUCCAAACAAACAAAUGUUUCCUCAGUAAUCACAAAUGUAAUUACUUGCUCUGCCUCUGAAACAACUUUCCUACUCAGCUGACAAAUACAGACAAAUACACGAUUUAAAAUCCAUUAAAUUCCUGAUGAAUAAAAUAAAGUUGCUCCUUAAAUUUUUGCUCAUCAAAAUCCUGCGUCAAAUUACAGAUGUAAAAUGGGUUGCAGAUGCCAGUUAAUGUUGACUUUAAGUUUACUGUCAUGUUUCUUAAUGUCACAUUAAACCGUGGCAAAAUAGUUGGGCUAUUACACCUUUGUAUUAAAAUUGUAUGGUAAUAACCAAUAAACCACUGCAAGCCUGCCGGCGAUUUUUGUGUGAUAAAAAAAAAGAAAAUUUGACCCCCCCAAAAAACUGAACUUAGAACUCAACCCCCCAAAAACUCAACAAAAACAAAAACCUUUUUUUUUAUUUAUUGUGAUUUCUUAUUUUAAUUAUUUUUUAUUUUGAAUUCAUUGAGCAGAAAAACAAAAACAUUUCUGUGAGAAGUGUUUUAGAAAGUAACUAAAAGUAAUUAGUAACGGAAUUACUUUUUCGAUAAAGUAAACAGUAAAGUAAUCUGUAAUUUGUUAGUGGAUUGUUUUUUUUACCAUCACAGUUCUUUACACAGUGUAUCAUCACAGACUUUGUUUCAAAAGACAAAUUCAGCAAGAAUCCAAAGCCUUUGUUUCUUUUUAUAAAAAAAAGUUAAUUUAAGCAUCUGAGUAACUUAAACUACACACAAAUGUGAAGAUGAUCGCCAUCAUUAAACGAGUAUGAUGUGCUGCACGCAUUGAAAAUAUGAAUGCAAAACAAUGUUUAAAUACAGAAUCUUUCAGCAUCUUGUCAUGUUACCAUUGCGUUGCACCUAGUUCUCCCCCUCCUUGCCCGUCACAAAGAAAGCAUUGGAAAGUGCCGGCCCAUUUAUUUGAUUCUAGCUUUUGGUCAAUGAUCAGCUGUGAUGUCAUGUCAGUGUAGUGCUUCUUUAUAUUUGCACCACCAAGGAUCUAUGAUGAUAUUGUGAAAAUGUGGAUGAAACAAUUAUAAUAGUGAAGGAAAUGAAUACUGGAGUGCAUUGUCUUUAUUAAUGUGUA